AACAAUUGCUGAACAUGCUUCCAAACUUGAUGCUUUGAUUUCUGAUUGGAAGACCUGCAAAAAGGGGAAACUUACUAUAGAGAAAAGGGCAAAAUACUGCGCUACAGCUAGUGAUGUUAUAGACAUUUUCGCUCAUCAUCUAGACUUAGGUCCGAAAAAUAAAGAUGAAAAUGAAAUAGUUGCCAGUGGCUCAUGCCAGUCACAAUUCCGUGUGAAAUUAGCAGAAGCUAGAAAGCGAAUGGCUAAUCCAGAUAGAAUUCCCAUUCAUUUCUCCUUAGCAAGAGUAUCUAAAAGGCUUCAGAAUAUGGAUGUAUCUAAAAUUCCUACUAAAGGGGAUCUCGUGGAUGUAAUAGUGAUGUUGAGUAUGAGACCUGCGGAAGUAAGAUCUCUUCAGAUCAAUUACUAUGAACCAGACCCUUCGAAUAUUCCAGCAUGGUAUAAAGAUGGAUAUUCUUGGUAUUGUAUGGGUUAUCUAAAAAGUAGAGGGGAAAAGAAGAAGAAUCCCGUACUCAAACCACUCCUUUCCAUGGAGAAGAAUCCAGAACGCGCAAGGGAAUUGCUUACCUGGAUUCAAGAGGCAAUUAAGGCUAGAAAGUUACAUGACCUUGUCUUUACUGAAAGUGGUAAACGUAAUGAUACACCUUUUAAUGAAUUCUUAAAGCAGGAGCCUUAUAAAACCCUACCUGGAAAGUUAAGAGAUUAUGGAAGUAAGCACGCUUCCAGAAUCCAUGGAGGUGAUAAUUACGCUAUAGGCAAUACAGAAUCGGAAAAGUCUGACUCUGAACCAGAGACAAGCGACAGUCCAAAACCCCAAACGCAGGCUUCUUCGCCAUCUCAGGCAAUAAAAAUGGAUUCAAUAUUAGCUGAAAUUGAUGCAAUAUUAGCUGAAAUUCAGAAAUAA